ACAGCAGACAGAGCGGGUUUAGAAAGUUAAAAGCUUUUUGCCCUUUAUCUACACAGUUUCUGUUCGUGUCACCUGGAGAGAAACGGUAUCAUGGAAGAUAUCUGAAAUGGAAUGUAUUUCAGGCAAUUUGGGAAUACAAGAUUUAAUAGUGUUUCGCUGUGAUUUUACACUACAGGAAGCCCACUCUUUACAAAAUGGGGGUGAAAGAUCGCCCUCAGUGCUAUUUUGAUGUGGAGAUCAACAGAGAACCAGUUGGACGAAUUGUCUGUCAAUUGUUCUCCGAUGUUUGUCCCAAGACAAGCAAAAAUUUUCUUUGCCUGUGCACUGGCGAGAAAGGCAGUGGCAAAACUACAGGAAAACAUUUAUGCUAUAAAGGCUCAACUUUCCAUCGAGUGGUAAAGAACUUCAUGAUCCAGGGGGGUGAUUUCACUGAAGGCAAUGGAAGAGGAGGGGAGUCUAUAUAUGGUGGUUUCUUUGAAGACGAGAACUUUACUCUCAAACAUGAUAGAGCCUUCCUCUUGUCGAUGGCCAACCGUGGCAAAGACACGAAUGGGUCCCAGUUCUUCAUAACUACUAAGACAGCGCCUCAUCUAGAUGGAGUGCAUGUGGUCUUUGGGCUGGUCAUCUCUGGCUUUGAGGUCAUAAAGAAAAUCGAAGGGCUGAAGACCGACUCAGCCAGCAGACCCUAUGCUGACGUCAGAGUGAUUGACUGCGGACAGCUGAUUACAAAGUCUGCUAAUGAUGUUCUUCAAGGCAAAAGGAGGAAAGCUUUCCAUUCUGAGGAUGACUCUCAGAGUUCCUCUGAGUCUUCAUCUCAGUAUUCCUCCUCUAAUCGAGAGUCUGAAAAAAAUUAUGCAUCUCGAAAGAGGAAAAGAAACUCAAAGAGAAAAAGAAGAGAGACAGUUAAAACAGCAGGACAUGAAAGUCAUGCUGAAGAUGAUGAUGGUGAGACUGAGCAGAAUGUGAAAAGGGAGAAGCCUGUGGUUCGACCAGAAGAGAUCCCACCCGUGCCAGAAAACCGUUUCCUGCUCCGCAGAGACAUGCCCCAGGAGGAGACAGUAAAAACGGCUGUGCAGGACACAGUCGUGGCACCAAAUGACACAAAACCAACUGUCACAAAAUCUGGACGCAAGAUCAAAGGCCGUGGUACUAUGAGGUACCAUACCCCCCCUCGGUCAAAGUCCCGAUCAGAGUCAGAAGGGGAACGGGGGAGCAGUGAGACUCCUCCACACUGGAAAGAGGAAAUGCAGAGGACCAAGGCUUACCAGCCCCCUAGUGUGGAGAGAUGGAGUAAAGGAGAAAGAUGGGAUGACAGAAGUGACACCCCAAGGUCUAGGUCAAGAUCAGAAGAGCGUUCCUUAAGUGAGGCUUCUGUAUAUUCCAGCCACCAUCGAUCUAGAAAAGAAAAAAAGAAAACCAAACGCAAGAAGAAAACGAAGAAACAAAAGAACUCAAAGAAGCAUAAAAAGAACAAGACCAAGGAGAUCUCCCAGUCUGAGGAUGAGAUGUCUGGGUCCUCAGGCAAGAGGUCAAAGCCCUCAAGCCGUGCUGAAAGGAGACAUUCUCGAUCACGCUCUCGUUCUUACUCUCGCUCAUCGUCGCAUCACUCCCACAGAUCGUAUCGAUCGGAAUCAGAAAGGAGACGUUACUUAUCAAGCUCUUCUAGAGAUUCACGAUCUUAUUCGAGGUCAAGGAGCAGAUCCUAUUCCAGAAGUCGCUCAAGGUCUGAUAAGUGGGUUCGGUCAUCCAUGAGGUCAAGGCAUAGUCGAUCAGGGAGGUCUGUUACACAUUCUAGGUCACUGUCUCGUUCUCGAUCCAGAUACAGGACAAGGUCAAGAACCAGAUCAAACUCUAGGAGAAAAAGAAAUGAGUUGAGAUCCCCUCGGAAGUCAAAGCCUACAGAGGGUGGUAUUUCCAAAUUGGACAAGCCUGUCCCUAAAUCAGUUCAAGGUGAAGAACCUAAAGCCCAACCAGCAGCAUCUUCAGAGAGUGCUUCUGUGUUGCCUUUGAGUGACAGUCCACCUCCUUCUCGAUGGAAACCAGGCCAAAAACCCUGGAAACCCUCUUAUGUCCGCAUUCAAGAAAUCAAAGUAAAAUCAGCCCCAGCUUCAAAUGCACUAAUCAGCCCAUCAUCAAAUGUACCUCUGGAGACAGUGUCCUCUCUAAAGCCAGACACGGCUGUUAGUCAAAGCGACCCCAGCAGCAGUAACAAUAAUGUUUCUGAUAGACUCCUGCAAAGCAGUUUGUCCAGGAGCAGGUCACCAAGUCGAUCACAAAGUAGCAGUAAACCACAGAGUCAGUACGGCAGCAGAUCUUCCUCCUGCAGUAGGUCAGAAUCGUAUGAUUCAUACAAAGGAAGAUCCACUGAAAAAAAAAGAAAACAUCGUAGAUCUAACAGAAAUAGCCAAAAGAGGGACAAGCAUGCAAAUCAUGGUAGGGGCCAUAAAGAUUCAUCUCCCUUCUCAGGGGACAUAUCAGAUAAUCCAUACAGUGCUAUCCACGGACACAAUGACUCCUUGGUUCAGAGAAACACACUGAAAAGCACAAAUCCCAGUCAAAGGAAAGAACCAGUAGUGGACAACAAUAAUGCAUCUGGAUGGGAAAUUGAAGGAGAGAACUCAAGUAAGACUACUACUGCUGUGGAACACCACCAACUCCCUUUUAGGCAAGAAGGACUUACUGAAACGAAAAAGAGACAAAUUUUGUAUCAUUGCUGGGAGUCUGAGAGUGACUCUGAAAUGCCAGACAAAAAGGUAGUUAGUGAUGCCAAACAUGUGUCUGAAAAAGAGGAGGGAGAGGCUAGUUCAGAAUCAGAGUAUGAAUACCCUUUAUGGUCCUCUAACAAGUCAAACCAAGGUGCAGAACUGUCUAAUGAAUUAAAAGGUAAUGAGGAACUGUCUGCAGACAUAAAAACUUCAAAGAACAAGAGCAAGAAAGCCAAGCGGAAGCACAAGCACAAGAGGGGGAACUCUUGCAGGUCAGGAUCUCGCAGAUCCAAGGCCAAGAAAUCAAAGAAGCACCAAAAGCCGAAGGAGACAUUUCACUGGCAGCCUCCACUGGAGUUUGGUGAUGAAGGUGAGGAGGAGGAUUAUGUCACACAAGCAAAACAUUUUCACAUAGAAAAUCCUGAUGCUGUCAAUGAUGGAGCAAAAAGGCGUAUAAAAGCUGAAAAGAUCAAGCACCAAGUCUCAGAAAAUAAGGAUGGGGAUCAAGGAAUUCUUGAAUCAUCACAAGAUACGUUUUCAAUAGAGUCUUCUAAAGGUAUUGAUAAGAAUGGGAAGGUGACUGAAAGCCAAAAAUCAAAGCUAAAUAGCAAUACCGAAAGAAGUCCAGCUCAAAGCCAUCUAGAGAGCCAUACCAAUCUUUCAGACACUAACUUGGCAAGUAACAAACCAAUAUACCUAAAUAAAGUUGACAUAUGUCCUCCAGAGCGCAUCCCAGAAGCUAAGCAAGCAGGUCCAAAAACGAUAGGCUUUUCCCCUCUAAAAAGUAUUCGAAAUGAUGGUAGUGCGCUUGUUCCACCGCAAAUAGAAAAAGGAAACUCUGUAACUACUGGAUCUGUUUUACCUCAAGGCAGUCAGCCAGAGGAAUCUGUACCUGGUGACAGUUAUUUCUCAGCAGUUGAAAAUAAAUGGAAACCUUUGACAGGCAUGACUGUUGCGCAGGCCAUUACUACAAAACCUUUGAUUAUGAAAAUAAAUAAGCAGCAAGAUCAACUGGAGGGAAAGGCCCAGGGUCUCAAGAUUGAGAUCAAGAGCAAGAGCAGAGUCCGUCCAGGAUCCUUAUUUGAUGAGGUACGAAAGACAGCUCGGUUAAAUCAGAGACCCAGAAAUCAAGACAGCUCAAGUGAAGAAGACUCUCUUCCAGCAACAGGAGAAAGGGCUGGAUCCCAUAAUCACUCUCGGAACAAGUCAAGGUCUGUGUCCAGCCACAGGACCCACCACAGAAGUAGGUCCCAUUCAUAUAGCCAGUCCAGAAGCUACACCUACUCUUCCAGGAGCUACAGUAGAAGUAGAAGCAGGAGUAGAUACAGCAGAGGACACUCCCGUUCUCGAAGUAGCACCUACCGAAGUUACCGUAGCCACACAGACCGUAGAAGUCGUUCUAGAAGUCGGUACAGAGGUCACCACAGAUCAAGGUCUGACUCUUACGAUAGUUCUUCUAGCCGUAGCAGGAGAAGAGGGCAUCGAAGAAGUGAGAGCUCUGACCGCAUGUCCAGGUCAUAUCGCUCCUACAGUCGCAGUUCCUCCAGGAGGCGAAGUCAUAGCCGAAGCAGUCGAUACAGCUGAGCUGAUUUUAAGAAGAUGUAGCAUUAAGUCUCCUCCUCCUCCUCCUCCUCCUCCUCCAUAUGGUUUUCUGAACGAAUGGCUCCGUUUAAGUUUGGUGAAGUAUGUACUUUGAUGUACACUGUAUAAUCAUUUAAUGUGUAAUUCACACAUUCUGCUGUAUUUUUCCAAAUGUGUCUAUGUAUGAAUGUACAUUUGAAACAAAAUUAGUCACUUCUUUAUUCUAGUACACUUUUUUUUUUUUAGUAUCCCUAAGAAAAGGAGCAUAGAAACCCUCCAGCUGUAAAGCCAAGGUUAUAUAUCAACAGCCACUUACCUCAGUCCUUUGAAGAUAAAAAUCUGUGAAAUGUAAGUCAUGUUUUGACGUGACACACAGUUGUAUUAAACAAAUCAAUGGUAGACAUGGAUGGGAAAUGUUUAGUUUUGGCCAAAUGAAUGUGUUGUGUUUAAAAGGUUGCCCUCUGCAUUUUUUUUAUUUGUCCAUAAAAACAAAAAAUCUUACUGAAUGUAUCUAGUGCUGCUUAUUGAUACACCAUUUAAAUAUAGCAAACGAAUCUUGCCAACUGGAAAUAAAUCUACAUUUUUUUGUGAAAUCCUA